GCAGCUCGCAGCUUCUCUUCGCCCACGACACCCAGGGCAAAGCGACAAAUGUUUGAUCGGGAUGUCAUAGUCUCUGUUCUAGAGUCAACAGCCACCCGGCGAGAUGCCAAGGGCUAUCUUCAAAAGUACGCCUCACCAAAGCCUACUUCUCUGGUGGCAACGUCAAAGCCAGUUGAACACCUGCACAACCCUCUGUCGAAGCAGCUUCACGCUCAGCGGCCGUUCGACGUGGCGAUUGUGGUCCUGCGAAACCCGCAGAAGCUACGGCCAGACACAAUCCACGGCAUAGCCAAGACGCUGACCCAGCUUCGUGUCCUUGGCCUCUUGAGCGUUGUCGUCGUGGAUUGCGAUGUGGGAGAAAGCCGCUUCACUUUCCAGUCCGAAGCGUUGAGGCUAUGUGAGGCGGUCGAUUCCUUUGGCAAGCCCGGCGCCCGACUGGUCGAGAACGUCCUCGUUGGAAGUUCUCACUAUCAGGGAGCUACGCCCUCUCCCUUUUGGGAUGACAUAUACGUUCACGACUAUGGUAUCCUGAACCGGGCUCUUCAGCAUGACAUGAUCGCGGUCAUUCCGUCCCUUGCCCUGAAUGACGAGACUACUACUCCCGCGCCUGCUGACGCUCAACGAACUACUCUCGCACUGACGAGGUACUUUACGGGGAUACAGUUUGAACGAGACACAAGCCGUGCCCAGGGCGGGAGCUCUGCGCAAGGCGCCGAACCGCUGGCUUCCGUCGAAAGAGUCAUUGUCCUCGACUCGCAUGGCGGCACGCCCGUGCCCGGCCGUCCUGGGUUUUGCCAGCGAUUCGUAAACCUCGAGCAAGAAUACGACACGCUCCUGGAUCAUCUAGGGGGCUAUAAGGGCUCACACGCUCCGGAAAGCAGCCCACAUGAGGAGGCUGGUAGAGCACAUGCAAAGAACCUCAAGCUGGCAAAGGAUACCCUCUCCCUUUUGCCAGAAACGGCUUCCGUCCUCAUCACUACCCCAUCAGCAGCAGCCAACACAUCGUCCGUCUCGUCCUCUAUGGUGCGCAAUGGCGACUUUCAGUUUGGUUUCGACGGCAUGGUCACGACCCGCAGAAAGCAGAAUCCCCUGCUUCACAAUCUCCUAACCGACAAGCCGGUGUUUUCCCCGUCGUUGCCGCUGCAGCGCAUCCAGUCUUCAGAAUCAGCGUCGCUGGCCACAGGAGAAUCAAUUGACGCAACUCUCGUCAAGCGAGGCAUGCCUCUAGCCAUCUUUCCCGAUCCAAGAACAGCGCCGUGGAGGCCACCGGCGCCCGGCGAGCGUCGUCUGCAGCUGACAGACAGGUCGAUUGAUUUGCAGCGGCUUGUCGCUCUGAUUGAGGAUUCCUUUGGCCGCAAGCUAGACGUUGACGACUACUUACAGCGGACAAAUCAGAACCUGGCCGGCGUCAUCAUUGCAGGAGAGUACGAAGGAUGUGCCAUUUUGACCUGGGAGAAACCCAAUCAUCUAGACGCUCGUACAGCCUACGAGCAGGGCCGCUUCGUGCCGUAUCUCGACAAGUUCGCCGUGCUACGGAGCCGUCAAGGCAGCGGAGGGGUGGCCGACAUCAUCUUCAACGCCAUGGUCCGAGACUGUUUCCCCGACGGCGUGCUUUGGAGGAGCCGCAAGGACAAUCCUGUGAACAAGUGGUAUUUUGAGCGGUCGGUGGGAACCAGCAAGCUGGCCGGCUGCAACUGGGCCAUGUUCUGGACGACGCUGGAGCUGAGCGCCAAGGGGCAGAAGCUGGCGGACUACGAGGCGGUUUGCAGGGAGAUUAUGCCAUCUUGGGCAGACAGCGUACAGAAGCGGACAUGA